AUGCCAGCGUCUGUUUUUCCCCGCUCCGCGCUGGUUCGGCCGUUCCAGGGACGGGCCCAGGCCGCCGCAGACGCGGACACUCGGGUACCACGCCGGCACAAGGCCUUGAACUCCCGGGCGCUUCCCGCCUCGGCCGGGCUCCUUCCCGGUGCAGCGGGCCGGGCUCAGACCCGGCGGGCCCCCCCACCCCGGGCAGUGCCCGGUGCCGGGCUGCGGGAGCGGCGGGGCGCCGGCGGUAGUCGGGGGGGUGCGAAUUCUCAGCGCAGCGCGGCGAGCCCGGGCACCGGCGGCUUCUCCGCCCGCUCCCGCCGGGACCGGCAUCGGGACCGGGACCCGCACCGGGACCGGCGCCCCAUGGAAGGGCAGCGGCUGCGGCCGGAGCGGCUGAAGUUUGCCCGGAGCGAGGUGCCGCGGGAGUCUUGCCUCCUGUCUCCCUCUCCCCGUCUCUCUCUCUCCCUCCUGAUGUUUGAUCCCGCCGCGGCGCCCGCAGGGAUGAGCGAUGGAGGGGCCGAGCCCGGCGGGAGCCCCGUGCUGCUGGCCGAGCCCGCGGCCACCGGGCGGGCCCGGGAGAAGGCGCCGACCCGGGCGGAGCUGGAGAGCGCCCUGCGCGGCGGCGGCGGAGGCGGCGGCGGCUUCAAGGACAUCCCCGGAACGUCGGCGGUCAGCCCCGGCUCCUCCAAGGAGUGCGCCCCGGACACCGAGAGCCCGUCGGGGACCGGCGAGGCGGAUUACUGCCGCCGCAUCCUGGUGCGAGAUGCCAAAGGGACGAUCCGGGAGAUCGUGCUGCCCAAGGGGCUGGACCUGGACCGGCCCAAGCGGACCCGCACGUCCUUCACGGCGGAGCAGCUCUACCGCCUGGAGCUGGAGUUCCAGCGCUGCCAGUACGUGGUGGGCAGGGAGAGGACGGAGUUAGCGCGGCAGCUCAACCUCUCCGAGACCCAGGUCAAGGUCUGGUUCCAGAACCGCCGCACGAAGCAGAAGAAGGACCAGAGCAGGGACUCUGAGAAACGCUCCUCCACCACCUCCGAGUCCUUCGCCACCUGCAACAUCCUCCGGCUGCUGGAGCAGGGCCGGCUGCUGUCGGUGCCGGCCCCCCCCAGCCUCCUGUCCCCCGCCUCCAACCCCCUCGCCAGCCCCGCGGGCAGCGGCUCCGGCCUGGCCACGCCGGGCCCCGCGUCCCCCGGGCUGGGCGGCGGGAGCAGCCCCCCGGCCCCGGCAGCCUUCAGCCUGCAGGUCCCGUCUCUCGCCUCCUCGUCCUCCUCCUCCUCCUCCUCGCCGCGGCUGCCGGGGGGGCCGCUGUGCUUCGGGGGGCCGCUGCUGGGCAGCCUGCACGACCUGCCGGGCGCGUACGGACUGGGCACCUCCGCCUUCGAGCCUUACACGCGGCUGGAGAGGAAAGACAAUUCUAUACCCAGCAAGAAGCCGAGCCCUUAAAUCAAAACGAGUGUCAAAAGGUGUCCCCC